GAACGAAUAGAAUGAUACUACGAAAGUUAAUGCUUAUCAGAGAUUAGCAAUAAAUUUAUGUUGUUGGUAAGAAUAACCUUCAAAUGUCAUGUGAGACGCGCCAUGUUGGACAGAAUUUUUACUACGACAGUUGGCUGAUGCGUAGGUGUUAAGUUGAAGGAAAGGAUUUGGUAGACUGAUUUAAAAUGUCUAACGGGUCGCUGUCUUCGAGCACACUUGUUGCUAGACUUUGCCAUAUUAUUCAGUGGAAGCAUUUUGACGGAUAUGGAUUUAAUUUACACGCAGAAAAAGGCAAACCGGGCCAGUAUAUUGGUAAAGUUGAUGAAGGAUCACCAGCUGAGGCUGCAGGUUUGAAGCAGGGCGACAGAAUUAUUGAAGUAAAUGGUGUUAACAUUUCAAACGAAAAUCACAAGCAGGUGGUACAAAGGAUAAAGGCAAUUCCAAACCAAACGAAGCUGUUGGUAGUGGAUUCUGAAGCUGACAAAUAUUUUAAAGCUAAUAACACCAUUAUUAAAAGCACCAUGCCAGACGUAUUGCACCUCCAGACACCUAUUCCUAAUGAGGAUAACGAUAUAGAUGUGAACGGAGAAAAGAAUGAUGGAAAUUAUGAGGACACACAUUCACACAAAUCUGAAAGAAGUGCUGCUUCAGUUGAACCUGAGACUCAGCCUGAGAAGCUGUCAUACAAAAGUAGUAGUACUGGCACUACUCCUUCAAGUGAGCGGAAACAUGAACUGGGAUACAGUACAGAACCCCAGGUUGACUCUGCAGAUGAGGGACUUUCUUCUGUUGAAACAAGUCUUCGACCUCCUUCCAGCAAUGGAAGUGACGAUACUUUAGACCACAACAAUCGAAACAGCAGCCUUAACCUCAACAUGACUGCUAAGGAACUGCGUGCUAAGCUGGCAUCUCGCAAGAAAUAUGAUCCUAAGAAGGAGUCUAUGGACUUCAAGAAGAAGUUUGAUAUUGUUCAGAAAUUAUGAAAUGUGUUUUCAAUGUAUGUAUUAACAGGAACAAGAGAGGGCCAAUUCUGAGUAUUAUGCAUAAUAUAUGUAGCUAUGUUCCAUACUUCCAGACAGUUCAAGCCACAGUAUUGUGCCUUCUGUAGUAGUACUUACCCGUGAAUUGCAUAAGAUAGCCGUCCAUGUGCAGCAGGUCUGUAGCAGUCUGUUACACUAUUAACAAAUCUCUUUAUUAGUUCUAAUAUGAUGCAGCACACAUUGUGCCAAACCACUUCAUAAUUCAAGGUCAACUAUUGUUAUAAAACCUGUAUAGUCUUAUGAAGUAAUUUGGGUAGCACAAGUGGAGGGUAGAUUAUUAUUAACUGGUUGGUUGUUUGCACUUUAAUUACAAAUAUAGAAUUAGAUGUAUUACUAAUAAUUAAUAAUUUACAUUCCAGUACUUUUACCAUGUGAUAAUUUGUUAUUUACAUUGUAGAAAACUGUUGUAUAAGAUAACUAUUCAUUUUAAGGCACUCAUUUAUGCCUUACAGUAAACCUUUUUCUGGUAGUGUUAUCUACUUAAUAGAUAUGAAGCAUAGAAGGCAUGAAAUAUUUUUAAGUACUCUUUAAUGAGUUUCAUUAACUGUCAAUGAAGUUCAUUUAAAUAGGAAUAGAAUGUGCUAAUAUUUCAUGUUUGUGUUAUUAGAAUAGUAUUUGGCCAGUUUGUUGUCACAGAUUUGAAGAGUGGCAUCACCAAAGGACUUACUUGCUAAAUGUAGAAAUAUAUUUCAUAUCCACAGUCUCUGUCAUAAUAGCCAAGGUAUUUUAAUUAUACAUUUGCCUUACAAUCAAAUGUCUUUCCCAGCAGCAAUAUUUAGAUCUGCAGGCAUCUUACUUAUACAUAUCAUUUAGGUAUUGUGCCGUAUCCAGAAAUAGAAUAAGAUUAGUAGUUAAUAGUCAUCAUGACGUGAUCACAGACUAGAAACAUAAUUGUAGUUAUCAUUUAUCUCUUACAUGUCCAAUCUUCAUGGAAUUGAAGAUACAUCUCAAAAGAUGUAUCUUCAAUUCCUGCAUUUUUUCACAUUUAGAUCUGAGUUGUUUCAUAUAAUUUUACACUAAAUGGAAUGAUUAGUGACUCAUUGGGUUCAUGACUGAAAGAGAGAUGUUUCUGUAGGAUUUGAGGUUUUCACGGCCGCAAGUCUGAUGAUCGCUCUCGUCUGGGUCGUUGCGCCAUGUAGUCUAGUAGAAGUUUACCAGUUGCCCUGAUUAUGGAGGCAGCAAAGACCUCUGAAACGUCGGUAAACUUCUACCAGACUACACGGCGUAACAACCGAAAAGACAGCCAUCUUCAGAGAUGUUUCUGUUCUGAUAAUUCUGUGUAAUUGAAGUUUAGUUGAAAGAGCUUGUUGCACUGUUGCUUGAAAAGUGUGUGGCACUGAAUUCACUAUUUAGACCACUUUAAGAGUUCCUCUAUAUUUUGCCAGCCAAUAGAGCAAAAUAUGUAUUGUCAGAUCUGAACAUACUCACUUCCAGGUACUCUCCUGCUGGCUUUCCUCUUAGUCCAGGUCAUUUUUAGCAGUGACAAGUUUUUCAGUAUUACAUAGUAAAGAAAUUAAUGGAAAAUGAUCUGCAUAUGUUGAAGGAAUCAUAAAAUAUACAUGCACCAUUUAGCAACAGAACAGAUAAAACUGAAAAAUGUUUUUGUUUUAUCAUGACAUGUUGCUGUAUUACCCCAAUCAGAUAUAUUAGUCUGGUCAGAGCACCAGUAAAUGACCAAACUCGAAUAUGGGAGUUAUUGUGUUUAACUAAUGUUAGACUACUCUUGAACAGAAGUGCCACUCUUUAAGUGCUUGUAAAGUUUCUAGAAGGUGAUGUAUGAAUACCAAAUGCAGAACAAGUAUGAAAAUGUAAAAUUGUAAGCUAUGUAAAAUACAAUUAACCAGUGACUUUUGCCUAAUGUUUCUGAUGUUUGUGGUCAUUGGUAAGCCAAUGAUGCAUAUAUUUUGCUUGCCAAUUGGAUCCUUGGAUUCAAACACUGGUUCAUGUGAUUGAUUAAGUUUAUACAUUUCCAUUGAAGAUUUUAAUUUUUAUUUCUUUCAUCUUAUUUUCUUGCUUUCCACUGUGAAGAACCUCCCCAUUAUUCAUAUAAACUUGUAAGAACAUUUCAAUAUUUUUGAAAAUCUUGAUUAUGAUUUUCAUGCAUGAAUCUGCUUUUAACAUGGGUCUUUUCUUGCGUUCUUCAUUGUGCGAGUCAGAAAUUAACCAACAGUAACAUAUAUCUCGAAUACAUUGUUUUUAAACAAGUAAUGUUUAGUGUUGCACUUAAAUGAGCAAGUGGCACUUGGCAGAAUGUUUUAUUUGCAGAUGAUAAAAUACAUACGUUUUUGUGUAAAUAUCUGGUAAAAUUAAGUACUUUUACCAUAUGCUGAUUACAGUAGAUCCAUAAGAAUGAUCAUAUGAUGAAAAUCAUAAAUUUUUUUUAUGACAGUAAUUUUCUUCAUAUUUCUGAAGUGCCUUACUUAAAUCACCACAUGCCUGAAUGUUUUUAUGUAAUAUUUUUGUAGUAUAAGAUAAACUGUAAAUUGAUAUAAAACUGCAAAUACUGAAUCUGAUUAACUUUACACAUGCAUAACAAAGUCAUGGGAUGACAUUUAUGUCUUACACGUAUUCCUGUAUUUCUAAGUGUGAGUUAUAAGCACUGAAAGAAAGUUAAAAUAGCAUAUACACGUGUUUCUAGGAAGACUACAUGACGUGUUUUUGCAAUGUUCUUUGUCUUUGACCUGAAGGAAACAGUUUCAUACAGGAUAACACAUACAUUACUAUUACAGGUAACAGUUUUAGGAGGAAUUAUUUAAUAAAGAUGUUUCUUGUUAUGUCUGUGUGACCGUUUUCAUCGAAUUUAUUUGAAAUUGUGUAAAGGAUGUUCAUAUUUUGUGCUCUUUAAUAUUGACAGUUUGUUUUACUGUGAACUUUUUCUAGUAUAUAAUGUUAAUAAAACAUUUUUAUCUACACAGUGUA